AUUUCGAGCCUCUGAAAGCGCAACCCACCAGGCAGGCCUUCAGUGACAUGACCUAACGUGCAACAACACCCGAUAUUCGACAAGACCAUGCCUCGAGUCGCCCAACAGCCGCGCAGAAGCGCAAGCAGGAACGUUUCCGGUUCUCUGGCGGCAUCGCCAUUUAAGUCGCCGGUUAAGAUCCCGCUCAACGACGAUGCCGAAGAAAAAGCUCGUCGCUCCCACGGCCGCAAGGCGCUGCACGAGGCGCAAUUCAACCAGCUGAGGGCCGCCGCCACGGGCACCCCCGCGCGAAAGACCAGCGUCGCCCUCAACGACAUGGAGAAUGUCGGCUCCCCCGGCUCCAACCCGCGCACCCCGCGCCCGCGCAUGGCCGGCAGGGAGAACUCGGCCACCGCUGCCCUGCUCGACGACGAGGACCGCUUCGUCGUCGGUGGCUCCGCCGUCACCCCCAUGAAGCGCGCCCCCCCAAUCCUCGCAAACUUUGAGGAGUGGAUGAAGAUGGCCACCGACAACAAGAUCAACGCCACCAACUCAUGGAACUUCGCCCUCAUCGACUACUUCCACGACAUGUCCCUGCUCAAGGAGGGCGACGGCGUCAACUUCCAAAAGGCCAGCUGCACCCUCGACGGCUGCAUGAAGAUCUACACCAGCAGAGUCGACAGUGUCGCCGUCGAGACCAACAAACUUCUCAAUGACGUUGCCGACAACCAAGGCAACAAGAAGAAGGGCCGCGACGGUGCUGAGGAUGGCGUCGACGACGACGAAGAGGAAGAGGUGGACGAAAACGGCAACGUCGUCAAAAAGAAGCCCAAGAAGAAAGGGAGGUCAUCCGAGGCCACUCUAGCCCCCUCAUUUGCCUCGCUGCAGCUCAAAAAGUUCGAGCUCGAGUUCACAGUCGACCCCCUCUUCAAAAAGGCGUCGGCCGACUUUGACGAGGGCGGCGCAAAGGGCCUCCUUCUCAACCACCUGAUGAUCGACUCGCAAGGCCGUAUUGUCUUUGACAGCAGCGAUGACGCCAACGACACGGCAGAGCCGGGCCCAAAGCCCAGCCAUGAGGGUGCUGAUGCCGACGAGAUGGACCUUGAUCUAGAGGAGUCCCUGGAGAAGGAGACCCGGGAGAUCGACGAUGCGGACGACGAGGACGUCGAGAUUGACGUGGUAACCCUCGGCGCCCGCUUCUUCCCCGACCUCGCGCGUCUGGACGAGCUCGAUGUCUGCCCGUCGCUGAAGACGUUUGAUCUCGGCGACCCAAGCGGCUCCAUGGACAUCCCGUUCCUCAGAGCACCCGGAGAUUGGCGCCAGGAUCAGGACAAGGAAAAGACGCCAGGGCCUAGCGGCAUCGGGAACAAGUCGGGCAUGUUCAUCGACGAGGAGAACCUACUCGGCUUUGACGACGACGACGACGGUCUCGGCGCCUUUGACCUGGGAGCCGAUGUCAACUUUGGCGAGGGUGGUGAGGCUUGGGCGCGUGAGGCCGCUCUCGAACCGCACAUGAUGCGCGUUUUCGACGCGGGGCUGGGCCUCGGAGAUGGCGUGGGCGCCGAGGGCGAGGGCGUGGACUUGAUGGACGGGCGAAAUGGCGACUUCGCCGUGUCCAUGACCAGCACGCAAAAGGCCGACCAGGCGCACGAGGACAUCCUCGGCUACUUUGACCAGGCCCUGCAGAAGAACUGGGCCAGCGCCGAGCACUGGAGGAUACGCAAGAUCAAGGACGUCAACAAGCCAGCCGAGCCCACACGGCAGCGGAAGGAGAAGCAGCCCUUCGAGAUCGACUUCCUCUCGCCCCUCGAGCCUUCGCUUGCCGAGGCCCUCUACACGCAGGCAUCCGCCAACUCGGCAAUCUCGCUCCCCAAAAAGGACUGGAAAUCCAAGUCGCGCAACAUGCUCCCCGACGACAAGCACUUCAGCUCGCGGCAGCUGCUCACGCUGUUCCUCAAGCCCAAGGCGCGCAUGGGCCGCCGGCGCGUCCUGGGCGGCGGUCGCGGCGUGUUUAGCAACGCGGCCGACGCGCAGUACCAAAACGACGCGCCUGAGGGCGAGAUGGACGAGGCGUUCUGGGCGUCUCAGAAAGCGCCCCUGCUGCCCAAUGCCGAUCCCGCCGCAAGCAACGGCGCGCCCGGCGGCGACGACGCGUCGGCCCUCCCGCAGGGUGACUACGACGCAAACUUCUUCCAGGACAACGACCUGCCGUUCGCCGGGGUGGGCGACGACGAUGAUGACGAUGACGACGACGGCGACGAGUUCGCCGACGCGCGCGACCACUUCUCGCCGGGCCCCGGCGGCCCCGGUGGGCCCAAUGCCAUGGGAAUGAUGACCGAAGUAGGCAUGACGGGCGCCUUCAACGGCCUCACCGUCACCAACCCCGCCGACCUCGCCUUCGGCACCAUGCUCGUCACGCAGAACCGCCGCGUGCGCCCGGAGUACGUCCAGUACGCCCGCGUCGCCAAAAAGGUGGACGUCCGCCGGCUCAAGGAGGAGAUUUGGAAGGGCAUGGAUUUUGAGAAUCUCGACAAGGCGCAGGAUCCCAACCGUUCGCGCCUGCCCACGCCGCCCCAAGAGGGCGACGAGGGAGACGACGAUGCCAACAACCCAACCCUCAAGUUCACCGACGUCGUCAACGACCUCCAGCGCGUCUACCCCAAGGCCGCCAUGGAUGACAUCUCCACCAGCUUCUGCUUCAUCUGCGUGCUGCACCUGGCCAAUGAGAAGGGCCUCGUCAUCGAGAAGACCCCCGGCCUGACGGAGCUGACCAUCCGCAAGGACUGGACCGCUGAGAUCACCGAAGGCGGGGACUAAGCUUGUCUGGUCGGCGGGAAGGUGUGAAUGAAUGCGUGUUUUUUUCUUAUUCCUUCUAUGUAUCUCCGCUGGUCUGCUGUCUGUUUCAUACCUGUUUAUCUCUGCUGUUGGAUGCACCACGCCACACACCACACGCACAAAACACAAAGCGGUGGUUGAACACGGGAGUGAGUGGCACUUUUGCGGGAAGGGAGUAGUGAAUGGAGUUUUGGUUUGGGCUUGGUUUUUAAUUGUCGAUUUAUCAUGCCUACCUAGCUGUCGAUGGUGCGUGCGUGCGUGCGUGCGUGCGUGCUACUACUACAAACGAUAAUGAAGAUAUCCUACUAUUUUUCUGCCCUUUCACAAUCUUCUUUUGUAUGUGUGUACGUCUUUUUGUAUAUUUUGUUCCAUCUGCUCAAGGAGGCUCUGCUCAAGGAGGGACUUUCACACUUUGACCUAUCGCAAAAGUGAAGCGGCUUAUACCCACCACCACGCAUAGUA